AUGACCCAGGGCGAGGCGCAGGGCGCACUCGCGUGUAGCGUGUGCCUCGAACCCGUCGCCAUCUCGGGACCCCACCAGGUGUGCGCUCUGGCGUGCGGCCACUGCUUCGGCCACAGCUGCAUCCACACCUGGUUGGAGCGCAAGAAGCGGGGCAACGGCGGACGGUGCCCGCAGUGCAACAAAAAAGCCGUCACGAAGGACAUUCGCAAGCUCUUCGUCCCCGACUUUCGCGCCUUCGUGGACACCGAGGAGCUCGACGAGGCCAGGGAGGCGCUCGCCAAGGAACGCGCGGGCCGCAUCGAGGCCGAGGCCAACCAGCUCCGCAUCUCGCAGCGGCUAAAAAAGACGGAGGAGCGGCUCAAGGAGUGCGAGCGGGAGAGGGACGAGGCGAUCGAGCGCGCCAAGAGCGGCGCCGGCGCCGGCGGCACCCGGAACGGCACCCAGGGCGGCGGCGGCAGGGACGGCGACGCGGCGGCGUGGGGAUUCUUGCAACCGUCCGUCGGCGGCACAGCUGGCGGCGACAGAAAACGUAAAAAAGAAACCGACGAUGCGAGAGGCGAGGGAACCAUCCUUCGCGCGUUCGACCCGAACAGGGAGGAGACCCUGGAGCGCGAGCGCGUCGAGGCGGAGGAGGCGCGUCGGAGGCGCGCGGAGGAGGACGAGCGGCGGCACAGGGAGUCGAUGCGCGGUCGAUACUCGGUUCGAUUCGUCGCUCCCGUUCGCGGCGCGAGAGCCUUCGACGCGAACGGUCAGAUCGUCGCCGUCGCCGAGCAGAUGCCGGGUCGGGCGAUGGACGGCGAGGGCGUGGCGCUGACGAAGAUAUCGCUGGGCGCGCCCGCGUCGCAGCGGGUGCACGUGCGUCUGCCGCGUGGGAGCGGCGCGGUUCGUGACGUGAGGCUCAACGGCCAAUCGGGGCGCGACAUCUGUCUCGUGGCGAGCCUCGGCAAGAGGCUCACGGUGGUGGACAACGUGUCGGACAGCGUGUGCGCCAGCGUCGGGCUCCCGGCGCCCGCGUGGUGCUGCGCGUGGGGCGGGUGGGGGAUCGGUAACACCGAGAACCACUUUGGCGUGGACCCCUCGGAGGACCCGAACCUCGUAUCCGUCGGCCUCGCGAACGGCUGCGUGCUCAUGUACGACUUACGUCGCACGGACGCGCACGUGGCGAGCGUCGGGGUUGAGUCCGGCGCCACCCCGGUGCACUCCGUGAUCCCUUUACCCAAGACCGUGGGCGGGGGCGUGAUGUUCGGUAACAUGAGCGGGGCGCACCAUCACCCCGGCGGAUCCGGAGGUUCCGGAGACGGUUCCGGAGACGGGACCGAUUCGCCGCGGUGGGCGACGCCGCUCGCGCCCGGUCUCCUGCGGAUGGAGGGCCCGUGCACGUCCCUUUGCUGGGCGCCGGGGUCGUCCACGGUCGUCGCGGCGCAGCGGGGGGUGCACGACAUGCCCGCGCGACACUCGCUCGCGCGGCGAUUGGGCGACGGCGAUUCGGCUAUCGACGGAGGGGGGGAUUCGGAUUUUGGGGCGGCACGUCGGUGGUCCCUGGGCGCCGUGGCGCAGGGACACGUCAACCAGAGCGUCCUGUCCCGCGUCGCGUUGCUCCGGCCGAGGGUGAAGGGGCCGCCCACGUUCCUGGCGGGCGCGUGCGAGGCGACGAACUGCGUCGCGGUGUGGCGAUGCGGAGACGGGGCGAUGACGCAGCGACUGCCGCCGCAUCGGGGCGGCGACCUCCCCGUCAAUAACCAGAUCUUCGACGUCAGGAGCUGGUCCAACUCCAGGAACGGCGGCGGCGAGGUGCUGGCGUCGCUGUCGAAGAGCUCGCUCCAGCUGUGCGCGUGGCAACAGGAACAGUGA